GUACCCCUUUAAGUAUUUAAAUUUUUUGCCAAAAUAAUAAUGAUGAGUGUCAGCUUCUUAUUACUUUUCAUCCAUUGUUUUGAAUAUUUAAGAAACCUGGUGUCCGCAUUGUUUCCUUUGGGUUUCUGUCACUAUGGUAAGUUAUCUUUGUUUCAAAAAUGAUCCCCUUAAAAAAACAAUUCCCAGGCUUAAGUGUGAGGUUUGUUGUAGAGGAGAAAUGUUUUGAUGUUCCUGGUGGUUCAUGUAAGGAUCUGCCUUCAAUUUCCUUUGAUUGACAGCGCUCUCCCCAUAUAUAUUUAUGUCUGUGCAUCAGAGGAGCUACAGCAGAGACCAGGCAUAGACAGAGGACACAGUCUGCUAAACAGAUUACAACCAGAAUAGCAGUAGAAAACCUCACAAGGAAAUUUAUGACCAUGAACCCUCACCGUGUGACCCUGAUCACCCUACAACUGCUGAUCCUGAGUGGCUGCUGGAACACGUACGCCAUCUCCAACAUCAGUCUGAGAACCUUCAUUGGCUGUGCCGUGCGAGAAUUCACCUUCUUGGCAAAAAAACCUGGAUGUAAAGGCUUACGUGUCACCACUGAUGCCUGCUGGGGGCGCUGUGAGACUUGGGAGAAACCUAUCCUCGACCCUCCCCACAUAGACGCUUACCACAGAGUCUGUACCUACAAUGAAACAAAGCUGGUUACCGUAAAACUACCCAACUGCAUCCCCAGUGUGGAUCCCUUCUUCACCUACCCAAUGGCCAUCAGAUGUGAUUGUGGCGUCUGCUCGACUGCAACUACUGAAUGUGAGACCCUGUAAGCUGGGGGCCCGUACACUGCAAGCACCGAGCAUAGGCUUCCUAUUUACUGUACAGGACAGCUCAGCAGAAUGGACUUUUCUAUAAAGUUGGGCACCAAAUAAGAUUAUAUUGCACCGCGUACUCCACCUGUUAUAGACAAAAGGCAAUGUACACUCCUUUAUGGCAAUACAGUAUCUUACAUAGGAUGUACAUUGCAAGGAACACUUCCAAUGUAUACCCCAAAUGAGAUGUGAACAGAACCUUAUUCAUCUUGGUGGAGAAAUGUAGUUCUAUUUAGAUGAGCAUAUUGCCAUAAAACAGCCCGAUCUUACAGUAAGCAAGGUCAGUACGUUGUACCUAUCACAUUUAUACUUAGUAAGCAGUCAUUUUUGUCAAUUAAUACUUGUAUGUUUAUGCAUUGCCAUAGAGUCCUCAUGUAUUAAAGGGAUAUUACAGCUUUGUUUAGAUAAAUCUUAUUAUGUAUAGUCACUGAGUGGGGCAGUCAAAGAGUGUUUUGGAAACUGUUUCCCUAUCCACAGAAUAGUGGAUAAGUGUCGUAUCGGGGGGUCCAAGUGGUCUGACCCCCUUCGAUCACACACACUUAUCUCCAGAAUGGCGCCCGACUGUCCCACAGAGCGUGUGAUCGAUGUUCCCCUCCGUGCAUCUCUAUAGGAC